AUGAUCCCCCGCUAUGGAGCCAUCGGGGCAACAUUCCAGCUUGCUCGCCUCUUUCAGGCAUGUUCGCUCAUUGCAAUCAUUGGAAUUGAUGCCAAGUUCAUAUCAUUGAUCUUGGGAGAGAGUGACACACCUCCAAGCAUCCUGAUUGGAGCACUCGUUGUGGCUUGUGUUGCGGUCAUAUUCUGUAUCAUCAGUCAAAUCCUGUAUAUGGAUGACAUUCUACCAUUCCUUCCUUCUGCUGCUGCGGACUUCCUCAUACUGAUAGGCUUGAUCGUCGUGAGCGUGGUCAUGGGGAAGCCAUUGUCAUAUCUCAAUUGCUCAUCGCUCUCUAAUCUGAAUGACACAGAUGCAACAGGGUAUGCAUUUGUCUCAAAAUUAGAGAGCUAUACUGAGAGUUUGACUGGAAAGAUUGACUACUCAUCCUGGAUUGGGGCAUCCAAAACUAUUUGUGUGGAAACGAAGGCUAUCUGGGGAUUAUGCAUUGCACUUUGCGUUCUUUUUUGCUUCUCUACUGUCUGUACACUAGUGCUUUGGCGCCAAAAGAAUGCCCUUCUCCGCAUCGAUAGCGAGGAAAAAUGA